AAAAAUUAGCUUGACGCAAUAUAAUUGAUUGACAGAUGUUCAAGUGAUCACUCAUUUGGUUGAGAGUUUGUAAUAAUACGGAGGAUUAGUUUUGCUGAUGCAGAGUAAGUGAUUGAGACUGCAUCACACACACUCAAUUUUCACAAAGUUGGGAAGAGGAAUUAACUUGAAACUCAGUUUUACUCGUCGUUGCUGUUAGCCAAGAUGCGAUUCGCUACAGUGUUGCUUGUUGCCGUCGUUUUCACAGUGAUGGUGGAAUUAUCAGAAACAAGAGGACGUGGUGGUGGAGGUAGAUCUGGAGGUUCCCGUGGCUCAAGAGGCUCCAGUCGAUCGAGAUCUAGGUCUGGAGGGUCCAGCUCAAAACCUAAAAUCACCAAGAACACACCAAUCAAAGCCACCUCAGUUCGCUCCCCGGUGAUUGUCAAACAAACUAAACUGGGUUCGCGUUCAAGCACGUUCAAGAAAGUUGUCGUUGCCUACUUGGUGACCCGCUACGCGUUCAGCAGUGCCCCAGUCUAUCGGCAGGGAUAUCCAAUGUACCGGAGUUAUGUCUCCAUCCCGAAAGAAAGAGCAGUGAGGGUUACCUAUGAGAGAGAAAGGCUGCUGGAUGAUAAAGGAGAUUUGUGUUUGGAUAGAUCAGCAGGGAGUCAAACUAUAAAGGAAGGAAUCGACGACAACUUGGUUAACUUGACAACUACAGUGAAGUACAAAAACGGAGAAACGAAAACACUACACAGGGUCAACAAAACAGUGUCGCUGGAAGACGUCAAGGAUCAAGACUUUGAAGUUGUAAGCCUCGCCACUUACAACAUCACGAUUGUGACGAGAACAACUUGUACACAGGUCGAGAAGACCGUCCAAGGUACGAUGGUUACCAUGUACGAGACAAAUCCGAACGGCUCAAACAGGCUGAACAUCAACAACAUACUUCUCUCAGUUGUUAUUAUGUUGUUUGUGUUUAUGAAUUAACGUGUAUUUCGUUAUUGAAUCAAGAGGGCUCAUGUUUCGCUAGUAUUAAUAUGUUCAGUGAUAAUGAUAGUAAUGAACAUCAAAAUAGCACUUUAUUUGGCUUUUAGAUUGCUGAAAUCUCGAGCUUAGCUUGGAAAGUCCGUAACCGCUUUUUACACUUCCAAGUAUUCAUCCAUAUCAAUUAUUAACGACCCUCAAAUGAGGAUGUUCUAGAAAUAUAGGUUGUCUAAAUUUGUAUUU